GGUGAGAGUGAAUUAAAGUUGUGUUGUGAUGGAAAAGGACCUGGCUAAAGGGAAGGAGGAGGCAUGUGAGCUUGAUUCAUUCAUAAAGUAUGUAGAUAUUGAGCCGGACGGGACUUUUAGCAGGCCGUUGGUAGUAGACAGUUAUGAUUCGACGUCGGACGACAAUUCCGACGUCGACAAAGAAAUAGAAGAAGAAAUAACCAACGCGGAAGUGCACGUCGAGAAACGUCGUCGAGCACGCGCGCCGUCGAGCCGAGAGAAAACGUCGAGCACGCGCGCCAAGAAAAAAAAUGAACAACAAAAAAAACGCAAAGGAAAAAGAAUGAUAAACUGCAAUUAUUGCCCUAGGAGCUUCGCUGGAAACUUUGCCCUAUAUAGACACAAUAGGCGCACUCACGAGCCAACAAUAGAAAAGUUGUACUUUUGUGAGAAAUGCCCCUAUAAUACCAAUCAUAGUCAGAAUAUGCUAAAUCACCUGAAAGCAAAACACGGCAUUAAGAAAGUAUACAAGUGUGAUGUGUGUGGAAAAACGUUCCAUAGCUAUUCAGUUAUGGUUCGUCAUAAGCUCACACAUAAGCAAGUCGUUGAAUUUAAAUGUGAUAUGUGUGAUGCAAGUUACACUACAAAACCCAACAUGAACAAACACAAGCUGCUCAAGCACUGCAACUGGGUCUCAGAAGAAGCGACCAUGGACUCCGUCAACGGCGACCCAUUUACUUCUGCCAGUCCGGCAGAGGUAGAUGGGCCCAUUGACGUACCAUCUUCAUCUACCGCAACAGAGGUCCACGAUGUGCUUCCUCCCUCAAAAGAGGCAGAGGUAACCAUCGAAGCUAUGGACUCCGUCAACGGUGACCCAUUUACUUCUGCCAGUCCGGCAGAGGUAGAUGAGCUCAUUGACGUAGGGCCUGCUACAGGCUCCGUCGUCUUCGACGAUGUACCAUCUUCAUCUACCGCAACAGAGAUCCACGAUGUGCUUCCUCCCUCAAAAGAGGCAGAGGUAACCAUCGAAGCUAUGGACUCCGUCAACGGUGACCCAUUUACUUCUGCCAGUCCGGCAGAGGUAGAUGAGCCCAUUGACGUAGGGCCUGCUACAGGCUCCGUCGUCUUCGACGAUGUACCAACAGAGAUCCACGAUGGGUGGGUUACUUAUAACUACGAUAUCUUAUUUACUUCUUCCGGUAGUCCGGAAGAGUUCCCAGAGCAGAUCAAAGCUGAGCCAUCACCAUAUACCGCUCCGGCAGAGGUAGAAAUAACAAAAGCUGCACAGCGUCCACGGCGUCAACAGUACCCGUGCAUUGUAUGCAAUAGAGUAUACAAGACUUCCAGUGCCAUGUGCAAGCACAGGAGAUUGGCGCACAACAUCUGCAAUGCAACGGCAACGAAGGCUCGAUCGCCUAGCGAAGAAAGAUAA